AUGCCAAACAAGAGCACUAACAUUGCCCUUGACUGUGCCACUGAGUCAAGUUCCAAGUUCCAGGAUCUGGAUCUCUUGGCUGUUCUGCGCGACAAAAUGGGUGCGAGGUUCUGGAACAGGAUCAAGGGUACAGCGCACCAGAUAGAUAGUCAGCCUGACCUUCAUUCGGAAGCGGAAGCCAAGCUAGAAGACGUCAACUACGAUGGCAUUGUGAUCCGGUGGGUUCAAGUCCCACGUGGACACCGUCUGCCGCGCAAGUCCAAGAAGGCCAGCACAUUGGCCGAAGUUGUCAGUGCCCUCCAAGCCGGAAAAUAG